UGCUGAGUCAUGGAAUGUGUUUAAAUUUUUGGUUUGUAAUAAUGCAUUUUGAGAACUCUUAUCUGGGAAUACAUAGUUCCCAAAGAACUUACUGGAUGCACUACCUCACAUUUAAGGCUCAUUCCCCAGCUAUUUGGCUUCAUAGAAUUUUUUUUUUUUCCAACACAGGGCCCUACUGGAGGGCAGCAAAUACUUUUAGUGGGAAAAGUAGGGUCCCAAAAAACCCAAAAGGUGGAAAAAGUGGGUGGGAUAACGUAUGUCCCAAUGGUCAUGAAAAGGGUUGUGGUUAAGUUUUGAUGAGGCUGCACAGUGUAAUAAUAGGUUUCAAUCUUUUCUAAGCUGUGUGUUUGCUCUUAAUGUACAGUAUACCGUAGGUCCCUGUCACAGACUGUAACUUCAAUCUUCAGUCUCUGGAGGGUUGGAAAAAAGGAAAAAUGUGGAGCAUUAUUUGAAAGACAUAGAAACUAUCAGUUCUUGGAUAUUUGAGCUUUUGACUAAUCAAGGCAUUAGAACCCCAUGAACUUAGAUUACUUAGAUUAUUGUUUUGGCCCAACAGAAUCCAUUUAUACUGCCUGUUAAUUUAUCUUGAUGUUAUUUUGAAUAUAUCUGUAAAUUGUCUUUACCAGUGGUUCUCAAAGUGUGGUUCCCUACCUCUAGUAGCAUUAGCUUUACUUUGGAACUGGUGAGAAAUGCAAACUUCUCAGGACCCAUCCAGACAAAGCAGUCUGUUUUAACAAGUCCUCUAGGUGAUUCUGAUGCAUGUGAAAGUUUAUGAAGCAUUGCUACAUGCAUUUCCUAUAAAAUGCUUCGGAUUGUUUGGAGAUAGGGAAUAGGAGUGCUCAGUUACUUUACCUGUUUUACCUAGUGGUAUUGAGAUAUUUUAAAGAAACAUAUUGUAAAAUAAAGUAAUAAAAUUUUACUAAUUUUUAUAGCAUGCUGAUUGACACACAGUAGUUUAUUUAGUGUUAGUUGAUUCUGAAUUUGGAAAAAGUUGACAUAUUAGGCUAUUUGUCAAACAAUUCCUGGUAGAUUUGCUUUAUCUGUAUUUAGUUGUUGCUUAAGAAAUGAGCUUUUUUGAAAGAUACCAUGGAUUGUUGUGAUUCAACUCAGAAAAUAUCCUAUCAAGUAUCGUAUCUUUGUAUUUUGGGACAUUUUUAAUAAAAAAAUUAUUGUGGUAAAAUCUGUUAACAAAAUUUGCCCUUUUAACUUUUAAAAAAAAUUUAUUGCAUUUUAAGUGAAAGUUUACAAGUCAAGUCAGUCUCUCCUACAAAAAUUUUUAUACACCUUGCUGUACUCCUAGUUGCUCUCUCUCUGAUGAGACAGCACAGUCCUUCUCUCCACUCUCUAAUUUCAUGUCCAUUCGGCCAGCUUCGGACCCCUUCUGCCCUCUCAUCUCCUCUCCAGACAGGAGCUGCCCACAUAGUCUCAUGUGUCUGCUUGAUCCAAGAAGCUCACGCCUCACCAGUAUUAUUUUCUAUCCCAUCGUCCAGUCCAAUCCCUGUCUGAACAGUUGGCUUUGGGAAUGGUUCCUGCCUUGGGCUAACAGAAGGCCUGGGGGCCAUGACCACUGGAGUCCUUCUAGUCUCAGUAAGACCAUUAAGUCUGGUCUUUUUAUGAGAAUUUGAGGUCUGUCUCCCACUGCUCUCCUGCUCCCUCAGGGGUUGGUUCCCUGUUGUGUUCCCUGUCAGGGCAGUCAUUGUUUGUAGCCGGGCACCAUCUAGUUCUUCUGGUCUCAGGCUGAUGUAGUCUCUGGUUUACAUGGCCCUUUCUGUCUCUUGGGCUUAUAAUUACCUUGUGUCUUUGGUGUUCUUCAUUCUCCUUUGCUCCUUUUUUUUUUUCCCUUUGGUGUUCUUCAUUCUCCCUUGCUGAUGCAUCUUAGAUGGCCACUUGCUAGUGUUUAAGACCCUAGAUGCCACUUUCCAAAGUGGGAUGCAGAAUGCAUUUUAGCCAUUUUUAAGCGUACGUUUCAGUGACAUUAAUUACAUUCAUAAUGUUGUGCAACCAUCACCACAGUCUAUUUCCAAAACUUUUAUCACCCCAAGCAGAAACCCUGUAUGGGCAUUUUAAGGUCUUAUUUAACAUGGUGUUUUAAAUAAAUUUCCCAUGCUGAUCUACUUAAGGAGCCUUGGUGGCGCAGUGGUUAAAAAUUAGGCUGCUAACCAGAAGGUCAGCAGUUCAGAUCACCAGCCGCUCCUUGGAAACCCUAUGGAGCAGUUCUGCUCUGUCCUAUAGGGUCACUACGAGUUGGAAUUGACUCAGUGGAAUGGUUUUGUUUUUUGUUUUGGUUCUACUUAAAAAAAAAAGUGAAAACGAAAACAACGUAUUGAGGCACUUUAAGUGUUAUUUUGUCCUUUUUACUUUUUCUUCUUAAACUAAGAUGUGUAACUUUAAACAUUUAAAAUAUUUGAUUCAGCUAAAUUUGAAAGAAAUUUAAAAUCUCUUCGGAACAUAGGAUAUGCACAAAACUCGUAUCUUUUCUUCCGCAGCUUAUAGUUAAAUGCAGUAACUUUAUAAUUUUGCUUUGUUUUUUUUUUUGGCCGAGUCCAACAUCGUUAUGUCAUUAGGAAGUAACUAUCAGAUAUGAUGCCUUUGAAUUAUGGUGUUGGCGAAGAAUAUUGAAUAUACCAUGGACUGCCAGAAGAAUGAACAAGUCUGUCUUGGAAUAAGUACAGCCAGAAUGCCUAUUAGAAGCAAAGAUAGCAAGACUUCGUCUCACAUACUUUGGACAUGUUGUCAGGAAGGACCAGUCCCUGGGGAAGGACAUUGUGCUUGGUAAAGUAGAGGGUCAGUGAAAAAAGAGGAAGACCCUGGGUUGCUGUUAGUCAGAACUGACUUGAUGGCAUCUAACAACAACAGCAGCAUCUAUUAGGGGAUGCUUAUCCCUGUUGCUGCUAAACUGGAAUGUUUAGCCAUUAUAGUAUCACUUUUUUGUUUUUGUAUAACGUGCACAUUUGUUCUUUAUAAGCACCUGAUUUUGUUACUCUGCUUAUCUUUAUGUAAUGUGUUCCUGUUGUACUCUGGCAGGUGGUUUCCUAGAGAAAUGUUCUUUCCUGUUUUAGUUUUUAUAAAAGACUGUUUAAGCUACUAAGGAGCCUUGCUGAUGCAACAGUUAAGAGCUCAGCUGCUAACCAGAAGGUUGGCAGUUUGAACCCACCCAGUGGAUCUGAGGGAGAAAGACCUGGUGAUCUGCUUCUGUAAAGAUUACAACCUAGGAAACCUGAUGGGGCAGUUCUGCUCUGUCACAUGGAGUUUCUAUGAAUUGAAAAUUGACUAGGCGAUACCCAACAGCAACACUUAUGCUAUUGUAACACUGAAGUUUGCUUCUUUCUGUAUUUUUUUACUCUUCAGUCUACAGAUGCUGCAAAACGCAAUGUUAUCACCAAACCCUCCUUGAGCAGAUGCUUAUUUAAAUUUUGAUGCUGAAGCUGGUUCUGUGUGUAUUGUGCAUAUAGCAUGAUGGGCUAUAAAAAUGUGAAAGCUUCAUUCCAGAGUAAUUUUUUAGUAGUUGAUAGUGAUGUUCUAAAGAAUAUACUCUUUAUUUUAAUUUUUACUGUGGUAAAAUAUAUUACACCCUUUCUCACUUAUCGACAUGGUUAGUUUCCAAAGACAAGGUCAUUAUGUAAACUUGGUGUUAUGCAAAAAUGGAGGAUUGCCACAUCAGAUCACAAAAUGAAGGAUGACUACAUCAUUACAUAACUGCCAGAUAUUCAUCACUACAUAACUGCUAAAUCACUGAAAAUCAUGGCCCAGCCAGUGGUUCAUGACCUUAACCAUCAAAGCCAGCAUUACUCUUACCUUGGCAUUCGUUACUGCCAGACAUACAUUGCUAAUGAGCGAAAUAGUCAGGUGAUAGAUUUUUUACUGUUGUAAAUGGAAAACAUGAGAUAACUGUACAGUUGAUAGGAACCCCUGGUGUAGUGGUUAAGAGCUGUGGCUGCUAACCAAAAGGUCAGUAGUUUGACUCUACCAGGCAAUCCUUGGAAACUCUAUGGGGCAGUUCUGCUCUGUUCUAUAGGGUUGCUAUGAAUUGGAAUUGACAGCAAUGGUUUUUUUUUUUUUUCUUUAAGUGAGGAGAAGGUAUGUAACAAAACAUUUGCCAUUGCAAUGAUUAGGAGUAUAUUCUUCUUGCAAGAAUUUAAUUUUGUUCAUCUUUAGAGUUUAUUUUGUUUAGAAGAGUCCUGCUUGAUAGAAAUAUAAUUUGUGCUAUAUAUGUAAUUAAAAAAUUUUUAGUAGCCUCAUUUAAAAAGUAAAAGGAAACAGGUAAAAAUAAUUUUUAAUAAUAUGGCAUGUUGUUAGUUGCUGUCAGGUUGGUUUCAAUUCAUAGCAACCCCAGGUAUUCAGAGUAGAACUCCCUAGGGUUUUCAGCUCUUUGGAAACGGAGCACUGGGCCUGCCUUAUGAGGCAUCUUGGAGUGGGUUUGAACCACCAACCUUUCUGUUAAUGGUCUGGUGCUUAACCAUUUGCGCCACCCAGGGACUCCAAUAAUGCGGCUUACUUAAUCUAAUAUAUGCAAAAUACUACUUUAUCAUUUAACACAUAUAAAAAUUUAGGUAAUAUAUGUGUGUGUGUGUGUGUGUGUAUAUAUAUAUAUAUGAAGAAAAAAACCGAAACUCAUUGCCGCGGAGUAGGUUCAACAGAAUAAAACACUCCCUGAUCUUGCACCAUCCUCAUAAUUGUUGCUGUGUUUGAGCUCAUUUUUGGAGCCACUGUGUCAAUCCAUCUUGUUGAGGGUCUUCCUUUUGCUGAGCCUUAACUUUACCAGGAGUCCUGGUGGCACAGUGAUUAAGAGCUACGGCUGCCUCCCAAAAGAUUGACAGUCAAAGCCAUCAGCCAUUCCUUGGAAACCAUAUGGGACAUUUCUACUCUGUCCGUUAGGGUCGCUAUGAGUCAGAAUCAGCUCAGUGGCGGUGGGUUUGGUUUGGUUUUCUACUUAAUCAGGCAUCAUGUCCUUCUCCAGGGACUGAUCCCUCUUGAUAACAUGUCCAAAGUAUGUGCGAUGAAGUCUUGCCAUCCUCGCUUCCAAGGAGCCUCCUGGAUAUAUUUCUUCUAAGACAGAUUUGUUUGUUCUUCUAGCAGUUCAUGGUAUGUUCAAUAUUCUUUGCCAACACCAUAAUUCAGAGGCAUGAAUUCUUCUUUGGUCUUCCUUAUUCAUUGUCCAACUUCACAUGCAUAUGAGGUGAUUGAAAAUACCAUGGCUUGGGUCAGGCACACCUUAAUCUUUGUUGUUUAACACUUUGUUUUUUUAAGCACUGUAAAGUACAGCAGAUUUGCUCAUUGCAGUACAUCAUUUGAUUUCUUGAUGGCUGCUUCCACGGGCAUGCUACUUCCAUUCUUACAAGUAAAACGGAAUCUUUGACAACUUCAGUACUUUCUUGGUUUAUCAUGAUGUUGCUUGUUGGCCCAGUUUUGAGGGUUUUUGUUUUCUUUAUGUUAAGAUGUAAAUCAUACCAAAGGCUAUGGUCUUUGAUCUUCAUUAGUAAGUGCUUCAAGCCCUCUUCACUUUCAGCUAGCAGGGUUGUGUCAUCUGCAUAAUGCAGGUUGUCAAUGAGUCUCCCUCCAGUCCUGAUGCCCCAUUUUUCAUACAGUCUAGCCUUUUGGGUUAUUUGCUUAGCAUACAGAUUGAAUAAGUAUGGUGAAAGGAUACAACGGUGAUGCACACCUUCCCUGAUUUUAAACUGUGCAGUAUCCCCUUGUUUUGUUGAACACCUGCUUCUUAGUCUAUGUACUUGUUCCUCAUAAGCAUAAUUAAGCGUUCUGGAAUUCCCAUUCCCUGCAAUGUUAUCCAUAAUUUGUUAUGAUCCACACAGUCUUACGCCUUCUGAUUUUGUGUUUCGUAAGUUAAGCAAAUUCUCUCGCUGUUGUGUUGAUGCAGUAUUAUUUAACAUCAAAAUCAAAGGGAUAUUGCAAAAGUAGAAAAUCAACUAUCAAUAUUAGCAAAGUCUUCUUCAGCUAUUUGUCAUUUUCUAGCCCGUUUGAUUAUCAAUUCUGGUUUAGUCAUCUGCAUGUUGAUUCAUGUAAGAAAAGAGUAUAAAAUAUUUACUAUUGAUUUGUAUUAUGAAAAUAUUCAAUUUUAACAUCAGUCGCCAUGAUCAGAAAGAAACUCGUACUUUCUUUGGUGUUUCAAAUUAAGCUUAUUCAUAUGUAGUAGGGUAAUUGGUGAGAAAAUAUGAAGUAUACUUCCAUUUUUGUCUUUUAUUAUUGGAUAUUGAAAAGCAUUCUUUCUUUGAUUUGAAGUUAAUAGUUCAGUAAAUUUUUGUAAAAUGUCUUAUGUCUCAACCAAUGAACAAACAACACAAGAUCACUAAAUGUAUUAUUGUCAAUUUUUUAAAACGGUUUUAAAAACUGGCUAUAAUUCAUAUUAUUUGCAUGUACGUACUUGUAAAAUGGCUUGGGGGUGGCAUCUGACCUCUACUUACUUCACAACAGGAGAGUCAUUAUCAGCAGCAACAGCUCAAGGCUGAGUCUUAUGAGCGGAGGUCAGAAUACCUUCUCUUGCCAACCUUUUUACCAAUUCUCACACCAACAGCCCCUUCCAGGCACUCUCUUCUUCUCUGCUGGGUUUGAUAAUUUGCCACACAAAGCUCACCAUACUGACAGUUUUGGAGUUUAUUAGGGAAGUAACAGGUUACAGUUCAGGUUCAGGAAUGCUCAGGAUACAGUUCUUUGAUCAGGACAGCCUCUCCUCAGCUGUGCCCAUAGUCAGGUCUCUGGCCCUCAGCCUGGCCUCUGCCCUGCUUGGGCAAAUGUUACAAAGCUCUUUUAGCUCUGCCAAACUCCGCCGGUAAGCGUCUGCCUGAAGGCACUUAGCUCUAGCUUCCUGGGUCUGCAGACCUAGCUCCAUCAAGUGCCCGGGGGCACCCUAUUCCACCAGCAAGCCUCCUGCCCAAGGGCAUUCAGCUUUCUUGUUCCUCGGCUGUGAAGCCCACCAUGCUGUCUCCUGCUGGUCUCUGGGCUCUGCUGCCUUUGCUGCCACCCUUUCUCUGCUGCUGCUUCUUGCUGUCUUUCACCAUCUCCAGUGUUACAGCUCUCUCUGUCUUCUGGGUCAAGGAGGUUCUCAGUACAGGGAUCCUGGAUCCAAAGGAUUUGCUCUGCUCCCCUCUCCUUGUUGAUCAUGAGGUUCCUCUGUGCACCUCUGGGAUGGCUCAUUUUAAGCCAAGUAAUAAAGGCAAAACUGACCAAUUCCAUCGUUAGGGUUCCAUAUACCUUGUUUUCAUGGUUCCACCCCACAAGGGUGCCAUGUAUCUUAUUUACAUUAUUAGCAAGCUAUCCAAUCCCCUUGGUUGGCCACAGGCACCUCAUUUGCAUAGUUUGACCGCUUCCUUUGGCGGGACUUACAAAGACUACGGCUAGAAGGGCCAUAUUCAGUAAUUCACGGCACCACAAUACUGAAAAGAUUUUAGCAGCUCUGUUGGUGACGCUUCUCAGAGCCUGCUUCAGAAGAUUGAGCACAAAUGUUUUCAAUAUGUAUCACACAGUGGCAGUGAGCUUUUGGAGUUACACAGUGGAGCAGAGCAGUAAGAGAAACGUUAGGCUCUUCUUUUAUAGCUCCCGUAAAUCUGGAGUUUCGACCUAACAUAGCUGGAGAGCUGAUUGUUGUGAUGGAGACUGAUUUCUCACAUGUAGCUGAAACUCUUCUUUGAGAGAUGUAAAAGAUUAAAAAAAUCUACACCACAAGCUUGCUUUUCUUAAGCUGCAUGUUGACAUUUCUUCUUAAGUUUGAAAGUUCUUUCAAACAAAAUGUACUUAAAGUAUUAAUUAGGCUGUUUUUGUUGUUUGCUGCUGUUGAGUAGGCCUGCAGGCUACGCGUCUUUUAUCAUAUGGUUUAUCUAAAGCUAGAAGAGAGUUUCGAAAUGGUUAAUCUUUUGAUUUUUGGUAGUAUUAGAAAGGUCUUCUAUACCAUGGGUAGUUGUUUGGUUGCUUAAUUGAAAGUCUUCCACUUUUUGUAAAAUGUAAUUUUCUUAAAAAUGUUUUCAUGAUUGAAAAUGUUUAAUUACCAUCCUUUUAUCUAGAUUUUGUGUGUGUGUGUGUUUUGUGUGUGUAUGCGCACGUGCAAGAACUCAGAGGUGUAAGUGUAGACUCUGUUAAAAAUUAUUUAAAAUUUUUUGCUGGAGUUUUAAUUCUGAUAUCAAGUGACUGAGAGAACUUCCUUAUAAAAUAAACUAUGUAUUUGCUGAAAAUGGCUCUUAAUAUUGUCCCCUUUAUUAUUUUUUAAAACUUUUUUACACAACGGCAUUUUAAUUUUGCUCUUCUGCAGCUAAUUGCCGUUGCCAUUCAUUGUAGAAUUUGUGAUAUACUUUGUUUGUGUCUCUUUUUCCUUUACUGUGCUGGUGGUCGUACCGGCUUCUGCAUUUCCGUUUGAUUCUGCAUGGGUAGAAAGCCUUUGUUUUAAUUUAAAAAAGGUGUUCAUUUUUUCAGUCCAUUCUUUUUUGAAGUAGAAAAGGUAUUUUAAUUAUUUUCAAAAUAUAUUAAAUUAUAAAAUAAAAUUAAAGUGAAAAUUAAAAUUAUAAAGUAUUUGAAUUUAAUUACCAGUUAUGAUUUAUAUAGUACCAGUGCAACUUGUGUUAUUUGCAAAAAAUACUCCAUAAAUGCAUUACACUGCUACAAUGAUGCAUUAAAAAAGUUAUUCCAACUGAAUCAGUUCAUUGAUACUGACUGUAUCAGUGAUGUUUUGCAUGUUAUGCUAGAAAUGACUCACACACCUGACAGGCAAACUGUAAUACGCAGUGCAAUAAUUAAAGUGAAAUGUAGUACUACAAAACAAUGCAGCUUUCUUUAGAUGUUUUUAUAUUACUUCAGUGUUUAAAUUUAGAUUAAAUUAAUUACAAUGAAAUGAAAUUGAAAAUUCAGUUCCCCAGCGUAAGAACCACAUUUCAAGUACUCAGUAGUCGCAUGUGGCUAAAGCAAAAUGCCUUGGAAAUUAAGCCUUUGAGAGUGGGUUAUAUACCUGUAUUUUAGUUACUUGAUUAUGGAUUAUAGUCCUUUUUGAUAAGGCCGAUGUCACAGGAGCAGUUCCGAGAGGACUUCUGAACCAAGAACCCUGGAAAGAUCUACGUAGAACUGCUUUCAUUUUCUUUAUUCGUAGUCAUGAAGGAUUAACAGAAAAAAAUUCUGAACAUUGUUCACGGAUAACAGGAUGUUUAGUAAUCAAAAAAAAUUUGAACAGACAUUCUAUUUGAAAUCAUGGCUUGUGCCCCUGUUGUUAGAAAACUUGGAGAGUAGAAAAAUUUCUACAUUGUCAAAAAAUGGUUUCAUCAUUUGUGUGAAAGAACAAAAAAACGGAAUAAUCUUGUUUAAUGGCUCUCUCACAAAUUAACACUUUCCUUUGGAGUUAAAAAUAAAGUUUUGUUCAUAGAGACCUAUAGGAAGCCCUGGUGGCGUGGUGGUUAAGAUCUAUGGCUGCUAACCGAAAGGUUGGCAGUUCAAAUCUGCCAGGCGUUCUUUGGAAACUCUAUGGGGCAGUUCUGCUCUGUCCUAUAGGGUUGCUGUGAGUCGAAAUCGGCUAAAUGGCAACGGGUUUGAUUUUUUUUUUUUUUAUAGAGACCUAUAGAAGUAUCAUCAGGUUUACCAUGAAUCUACAGGUUACAAAACUCAGUUAUAAUUGUUAUGGAUUGUGGAAAGAUUUUUAGUGGCACACAAAUAUUUAAUAUUCUGAGUUCAGAUAUAUAUAUAAAGUAUACCCGAACUCCUCUAAAGAUUUUAAAACUAGGAGGAGCCAUAUCUUAAUUCGUUAUAGCACCAGCCACCUUUUCUUGUUUUCUUUGCCGUUAUCUUCUGAGCAAGCCAGGCAGUAAAUUCAAAUUUCAGUUUUCCACAGAAAUAAAUGGGUGCUGUUGUGUGCUUAUUCCAUUCUCAGUAAUUAGGAAGACGGGGAGAUAUCUAAAGACAUGAUUUAAAAAUCAGAAGAGGAAGUUCACGAAUGAAAAAGGAAGUGAAACUUGUCUUGAGAGAAUCUGUCCUAGAUUGUCUCCAAAGUCUUUCUGUGGUACGUCACUGGAGAUGGUCCUUGAAGAAAGGGUUCUGUGAUUGAAGUAAGUUUGAGGAAACUCUCUAUGGCAUACUAGCAUCCUAUUCAAGUUCACAAUGCACAUCAAUAUAUUAAAGGCUCUGAGACAUCUUACAAGAAAGAAAACUUGCUAAAGUUCAUUUAUCCUGCAUUAAAAUUUUUUUGGGCAAUGGAAUCUUUUUUUAAAAGUAAAUGUCAUGUAUCCUGUGAGAAUGCUGCCCUCUAGAGGCAUAAGUUCAGUUGCUCUUGAAUUUGAAUCUUAGUGUGUAGAAGUUGUAACGAUUGAUAAAAACUAAACACAUGAUCACAAAAUAACCAAGUAGAAAAAGUCUUAUGUUAUCUAAUUUUAAGAAAAUUUGGGGCGGUAGAAUAGCAAUGUGUAAAUACUACCUUUUUUUAGUGGACGUAUGUGAUAUUUAUGGCUGUUAAUAAUUUUUGUUGUUGUGGCAAAAAUAUAUAACAAAACAGUUGCCAGUUCAUCAGUUUUUACAUUGAUUACCUUCAUCAUGUUAUGCCAUCACUGCCAUUAUACUUUUUCAAAUUAUUUCACUACCAUUAACAGAAACUCAGUGUCCCCUGAGCAGUGACUCUGCCGUUCCCCCUCCCUACCACCUCUGGUAACCACUGGUAUGCCUUGGUCUCUACAUUUGUCCAUUUCAUAUAAGUGGGAUGAUAACAAUAUUUGUCCUUUUGUGACUGACUGAUUUUGUUCAGCAUAAUGUUUUCAAGGUUCAUCCAUGUUGUAGCAUGUAUCAGGACUUCAUUUCUCUUUGUGGCUGGAUAAUCUUGUAUAUGUAUAGCACAUUUUGUUUAUCCAUUCAUUUGUUGAUGGAUAUUUAGGUUGUUUCUACCCUUUGGUGAUUGUGAGUAGUGUAUAGGUCUUUGUUUUCUUUCCUGUUUUCAAUUAUUUUGGGCAUAUACCAAGCAUUGAGAUUGUUGAGAUAUAUAAUAGUCCGUGUUUAACUUUUUGAGGAAUUGCCAAACUGUUGUCCACAGUGGCUGUACCAUUUUGCAUACCCACUAGCAAUGAACGAGGGUUCUAAUUUCUCUACAUCCUGGUGCAUACUUCUUACUUUUUUUUAACCAUAGCCAUUCUAGUGGGGGUGAAGUGAUAAUCUCAUUGUUUUGAUUUGCAUCUCUCCAUGGGAGCAAGACCUAGAAAACACUAUGGGGCAGUUCUCCUCUGUCACAUGGGUUGUUGUGAGUCAGAAAUCGAGUUGAUGGCAUCCAGACGGCGACGACGACUAAUGAUUCGGAACAUUUUUUCAUGUGCUUGUUGGCCGUUUGUAUAUCCUCUUUGGUUGUCUUUUUGUUAAGUUGUAAGAAUUCUUUAUAUAUUCUGGAUUUUAAAUCCUGAUCACGAUACUUUACAAUAACAGUAAAUAUGUGCAUGUUCAUGUGUACAAACUGUUAACAAACUGUAGUUCUUCUCUGCUGAGCCUUUUUUUGGCUUCAUAAAGUUCUGAAUUAAAAAAAAAAAAUUUCUUCAGGGAUUGUUUCAAGAAAAAUUUUUAUCAGAUAUAUGGUUCCGAAAAUUUUUCUCCCAGUCUGUAGGUUUUCUCUUCACUUUGUUGAUAAAGUCCUUUGUUGAACAAAAGUUUUUAAUUGUUAUGAUGUCUUUUGCUGCUUGUGUUUUUGGUGUGAUAUCCUAAUAAUCUUUUGAAUAAAUUAUACACACACACACAUUAUAUAUGGAAUUAUGGAUAUGUAGUACCUCCUCAAGCAUCUAAACUCCAUGAAGCCUCUUUUGUGUGCAGAAGUCAUCCUUCCCUGUCCUCUUUGAAGAUCUGUAAUAACUUUAAGACAUUUGACAUUCAAGCGGAAGCUAGUUUCCUCAUAUCCCUUCCCACAGUCCUCAUUGUUUUCAGACCUGUGACUUGCCUCAGAUUUUAGCAUGCUGUACCUUUAUAUACAUAGUCAGGCUGGAAGAGAAGGAUUAUAUAUAAAAAUGCUUUUGACAUUAGUGCCAACACAGCAGCAAAAACUUGAGGAAUAUGUAUAAAAAUGGGUUUUGACAAAGAGAGAAACAUACUUUUGCGUUUGGCCCGGUUUGUUGGUAUGAUGCAGUUACCAGAGAUUUUUGGUAUCAGUGGUCUAACUCAUGCAGUCAGGAGUGGUUCUAAUUGUUAGCUCCUCUGAUUGACUGAAACCUAGUCUCAGUGGUGGCUUUAUUCUAAAUGAAGGUGAAUGCCUAAAAAUUCCUGGUGAAAUGUAGAGGAAGAAGUUAAAAGAUUAAGGCAAAUAGGACUGAUGGAGUGGAAUUAUCAUUUAUGACCAUCCACCCACCUCUCUUAGUUCCUAACCACCACUGUCCCCUAUGACUUAUGGAAGACACUUUAUUUACUAAGGUAGUAAGAAUUACUUUGAGGGCAGUCCCAGCAUCUGUGAAAAGCAUGGUGAUUUUUUUGCCUGCUGGUGGGAGGAGAUACUGAACAUUGAAAUUGUCAUUCUGAUUUCAGGGGAAAUGGUGGGAUCCUAGGGUGACUCUAACUUCCACAGGCAGGGUGGGCAUCAUUUUCUAUAAGGUAGCAUGCAUGACAGGAAUGAUGACCGGAGAUGGAUUGGCCUGAAUGCACUAUUUUGACUGUGGCUAAAUGAUCAUGGGAUCCUUAGAUCUAAAAUAGAAUGGUAGCCGAUUAAGUUCAUACUUGACCUGUAUGACAAAAAAUGUAGGUCUAACAGACAAAGGCGUUACUUGAACUACCGUUAAGAGUGAGUUGUGGUCCUUUACACAGUUCUUAGACUGGAGUCAGAAUCUGUUAUGUUUACUUCUUUAUAUGUUUAUGCUUAUUUUUGUAGAUUUUAACUUUUUUUUCCCAUUCCCACCCUCCUUUGCAGUUUAGUCCAUAGAUUAUAGAAGAAACCAGGAGAAAAAGGAACGUCACCCGCGUUCUCAUAUUGAAGUUGUGUGCAGUAACUGAUGAGACUCUGGGUCUAAUCUCAUUUUCUAGGAACGAAGUAUGAAAUUUUUGUUUGUACAAGGCUUAGUUGUAAUCUGUCAGACAGGAGAAUGUUGUUUGGAACUGGAAGCUUGGAAUAAAUGUGUAUGUCGUUGGGUAGGCAAGAUUUGGCCUGUAUUUAUAGUUGCUCAUUUCAAAUAGCCUUUCAGCGUUGGGGAAAUUUGCAUGUUAGGAGUCCUGUAGAAGGCAGAACUGAAUUUCCUAGCAUUCUUAGUGGCUAGGACACAGGCAUACCAUCUAGGCUCUAUCAAUCAGAUGAAUUUGUGUAAGACAUGAAUUUAGAAGAGAGAAAUGCUUAGAAUUGCUUCCUUGUGUGAAUGUCAGGCCAUGAGACAUUGAGCUCUCAGAUGUGGGCAGUAGCAGAGGUGUCAGUGAACUUUAUUUAUUGUAGUGCACUCAGCUUUCAUGGUACCAGGACUCAAAGGGUGGGAAUGGUCUGGUGGGGAGACUUGGGUAUUUUUCCUGGGUGCACGCCCUAAUCUGAUUCUUGAGCUCUCUGGGGGAAUUCUUUAUUAUCAACUAAUAUUAAUAAAAUUUCUUUUUUGUUGAAACCACCUGUAGUAGAUUGUGUUGUUUCAGCUGAGAAACCUGAUGGAUCUAUUAAUUAUUAAAGAUUUUGUUAAUUGUCAAAGUACUUUAUUUUUCUAAUUAAAAUAAAAAAUUGCCAAAUGUUUAUACAACUUCUUUUUUCCUCCCCAGAGGUCUACAUUUCUUUGCCUCCAUUUUUUUCUACGCAGAAUGCCAAAUUUUCUACCUUUUGAAUUGCUGAGUCUUUACUCAGCUUGAGCUCCAAUGCUGUUGUGAAGCUUUUCUUGUACCAUCCCAGCCUCCUGAUGGAUUCUUUUUUUUUCCCUUCUGAAUUCCAGUAGCACCUGUUUAGCCCUUAAGUGCUAGUUUUUCGUUUCCUUUGUGCAUCUCAGCUUUCACACUAAAUGAUAAGCUCUCUGGGAGCUAAUAAUGCAGCUCCUUCUAUCCUUGCGUUACCUAGCGGUGUCUUGCACCUUGUAGAUUCAAGGGUCAGCAUAACUGUUGUUGUAACAUGUAGUGAUUAGGGUUACUGAGAAUCACAAUGAUGCGAGGACAGGUGAGGUGAGAUGAUAAACUAGUUAUUGUUACUUGCCACUGAGUAGAUUCCGAUUCAUGGCAACCCCAUGUGUGCAGAGCAGAGCUGCUCCAUAGAGUUUUCAAGGCCUUUUAGAAGCAGAUUGCCAGGCCUUACUUCCGAAGUGGUUCUCAGUGGGUUGGAACUGCUGACCUUUUGCUUAGUAGUAUAGCGUUUGACCAUUUGCACCACCCAGGGAUUCCUAUAAACUAGUUAGGCUUAUUUUAUUUUAUGUUGGUCCUAUCAUUGUUAUGUGCUGUGGAGCAGAUUCUGAAUCUUAGCAGCCCUGUAGGAUACAGUAGAACUGCCCCAUUGGGUUUCCAAGGCUGUAAUCUGUACAGAAGCAGAUUGCCACAUUUUUCUCCUGUGGAUUGGCCGGUGGGUUCGAACCACAGACCUUACAGUUAGUACCCAGGUGCUUAACCACUGCACCACAGGGUUCCAUAUCUUGGUCCUAGUGAGACAAAUACGCUGGCCAUGAAGUCCAAUUUCCAUUUUGCUGAAGGAGUCUGAAAGUCCUGGUGGUAUAGUGGUUCAGUGCUUGGCUGCUACCCAAAAGUUUAGCUGUUCGAGCCUCCCAGCCUCUUCUGCAGGAGAAAGAUGUGGCAGUCUGCUUCUGUAAAGAUUUACAGCUUUGGAAAACCUAUGGGGCAGUUCUGCUGUGUCGUAUAUAGGGUCGCUAUGAAUCAGAAUCAGCUUGACAGCAUCGGGUUUGCUUGUCUGGUUGGAGGGGGUCUGAGACUUGCCUCUCAUCCUUAUUUUCACCAGUAGGUGGCCAUACCAUAUCCUCUGAAUUAUCAUAUAAUGUUUUGUAAUUUUUUUGCCUUUACAAAAGUCUUCCAUAUCUCUCCUGUUUUCUUGUUGUUAGGUGCCUUUGAGUUAAUUCUGACUGAUAGCAACUCUAUGUACAGCAGAACGUAGGACUGCCCAAUCCCACACCAUUCUCACAGUCGUUGCUAUGUUUGAGCCAUUGUUGCAGCCACUGUAUCAUUCCGUAUCUGUGAGGGUUUUCCUCUCUUUCACUGACUGUCUGCUUUACCAAGCAUGAUGCCUUUCUCCAGAAGCUGGUUCCUCCUGAUAACAUGUCCAAAGCAUAUGCGAUGAAGUUUCACCAUCCUUGCUUCUAAGGAACAUUCUGGCUGUACUUCUUCCAAGACAGAUUUUUUGGUUCUUCUGACAGUCCAUGGUGUAUUCAGUAUUCUUUGCCAGUGCCGUAAUUCAAGGACAUCAAUUCUUCUUCGGUCUUCCUUAUCUGUUGUCAGUCUUUCACAUGCGUAUGAGGUGAUUGAAAAUACCAUGGCUUGGGUCAGGCUACAUUAGUCCUCAAGGUGAUAUCUUUGCUUUUUAAACACUUUAAAGAGGCCUUUUGCAGCAGAUUUGCCCAAUGCAAUAUGGGAAGUUUCUUGACUGCUACUUCCAUGGGUGUUGCUUGUGGAUCCAAGUAAAAAGAAAUCCUUGAGAACUUUAAUAUUUUCUCCAUUUAUCUUGAUGUUGCUUUUUGGUCCGUCGUGAGGAUUUUUGUUUUCUUAUGUUGAGGUUCAAUCCGUACUGAAGGCUGUAGUCUUUGAUCUUCGUCAGUAAGUGCUUCAUGUCCUCUUCACUUUCGGCAAGCAAGGUUUUGUCAUCUGCAUGUUGUAGGUUGUUAACGAGUCUUCCUCCAGUCCUGAUGCCCCGUUCUUCAUAUAGUCCACUUUCUCGGAUUAUUUGCUCAGCAUAACAGAUUGAAUAAGUAUGGUGUAAGGAUGAAACCUUGUGCGCACCUUUCCUGAUUUAAAUCAUUUCUGUUUCUUAGUUCUUCCAUUGUGCCCUCUGGAAUUCUGUUCAUAAUCAGCAAGUUUAAUUUUUUUUUUAAUUUUAUUUUUGGUGAAAAUAUACAUAGCAAAACCAUUCCACAGUUUCUAGAGAUAAUGAUCAGUGAUAUUGGCUACAUUCUUCACAUUGUGUCAACAUUAUCCCUAUUUCUGUUCUAGUUUUUUCACUUCCAUUUUCUUAAUCUCCCUUUCCUCCAACCUUCUCAUCUAUGCUUUAAAAUAGCUGUUGACCCUUUGGUCUGAUAUUAGAUUUUUUUUUUUUUUUAAAGUAAGACACUAUUCGAUGGUAGCAAUCGUUACUCUUUCUGCUAAACUGUUAAAUAGUUUAAGGUGACUUUAGAGGAUAGUUUCAAUUUAAGGUUUGAAGAGCAACUCAGGGCCAUAGUCUUUAGGACUUCUGCAGACUCAGUAGGUGCAGUAAAUUAUGAAAUAAUUCAAAUAUUAAAAAAGUACAGAAAGUAAUACAACACUUGUGAACCUGCCUCAAAACCAAGCAGAUGUUAACCUUUUGCUUCAUUUGUUUUUCUGUCCUUUUAAAAUUCUCCCCUUCUCGUCCUUUCUUCCCUCCUUGAUAGGUACCUUUUAUCCUGAAGUCCUUGACUGUUCCCCUGUUGAAUUUCUAUUUGUAAAACAAUUACAUAAAAGAUGACCUGAAAAAUUUCUAUGCAACAUUGUUUUCUGGGUUCAUUGUAGGCUUAGUUCAUCAUUUUAACUGCUUUAUGAUGAAUAAAGCUGAGUUUCAUACUGAGAGAUAAUAUUGUAAUGAAUAACCUUGUACAUAAGUACUCGACAAUGUGUAAUUUUAUCUAAGUAGAAUUGCUGAGGUGUAGGCUGUAGGAAGUAUCACUUCAUCUUUUUCAGGUACUGCCAGGUUCAUUCCAUGUGGAGAUACUACUUUAUGUUCACCAACAUGUUUCCCUACGUAUUUAUCAGCAUUUAUUUAAUCCAGCUUGCUAAUUUAAGCCUAUCUGAAAGAUGAGAAAUGGAGUUUCAAAGUUUUUCCGUUACUUUGGUUUUUAAUAAAGCUGGGCAUCUUUGCAUGAUUUUUCAUCAUUCUGGUUUCCUAUUCCUAAUCUUUGUGUCUUUUGCUCAUUUUUUUUGUUAGGUAUUGGCUUGUCUUAGUCUGGGUUCUCUAGAGAAGCAAAACCAGCAAAGCAUAUAAACAUGUAGAGAGAUUUAUAACAAGCAAAUGGCUCCUGCGGUUGUAGAGACUGGGAAGUGUCAAGUCUGUGGGUCAGGCUGGAGGCUUCCCCUGACUCACUUAGCUGCAGGGGCUGAUGAACCCAAGAUCGGCAGGUCAGACAACAGGUCUCUGGCUCACAGGCUGUGGAGGCCAACGAAUCCCAAAAUCGGCAGGUAAGGAUGGCACGCCACUGGCUCACAGGCUGCAGAGGCUGACAGAUCCCAUGAUUGGCAGGUAAGCUGCUAGCUCAAGUCCCAAGAACCAGAGGUCAGAUGAACAAGAGCCAGCUGCAGGAUCUAGAGGGAGCAAAAACCAUCGAGUUUUGCCAGAAAAUCCACCAUUAUUGGCUGUAGGCCACACCCCCAAGGAAACUCCCUUUCAGCUGAUUGGCUGCUCAUAACAGAUCUCAUCAUGAAGGGGAUUACAUUAUAUCGGAUCUCAUUAUGGAAGUGAUUACAUCAUCACAUAGCUGCCAGACUACAUCACAACUGCCAAACUGCUGAGAAUCAUGGCCCAGCCAAGUUACCGUACAUACAGCCUUAACCAUCAGUUAGAGGUUUAUGAUUCCAUUGUGUGAAAAUGCCACAGCUUGUUUCUCCAUUCCACUGCCUAUGGACAUUUGGAUUAUAUUCAGUGUUAGGUUAUUACGAACAAUGUUGCUAUGAUAAACUUUGUACAUAUCUUUUUGUGCAGGGAGCGUCAGCCAUCAGCGGGAUUUUUAAAAGGCUAUCUAAAUAUUUGAAUGUGAAAACCUUUGCGUCUUCUGAUAGCCUAGCCAAGGUCCAAGAAGUAGCAAGCUGGCUUUUGGAAAUGAAUCAGGAACUGCUCUCUGUGGGCAGCAAAAGACGACGAACUGGAAGCUCUCUGAGAGGUAACCCUUCCUCAAGCCAGGUAGAUGAGGACCAGAUGAAUCGUGUGGUAGAAGAGGAACAGCAGCAGCAGCAGCAGCAACUAAGACAACAAGAGGAGGAGCAUACUGCAAGGAACGGGGAAGUUGUGGGAGCAGAGCCUAGACCUGGGGACCAGAAUGAUUCCCAGCAAGGACAACUGGAGGAAAACAACAAUCAGUUUAUUUCAGUAGAUGAAGACUCCUCAGGAAACCAAGAAGAACAAGAGGAAGAUGAAGAACAUGGUGGUGAACAAGAUGAGGAGGAUGAAGAGGAGGAGGAAAUGGACCAGGAGAGUGAUGAUUUUGAUCAGUCUGAUGACAGUAGCAGAGAGGAUGAACACACGCAUAGUAACAAUGUCACAAACUCCAGUAGUAACAUGGACCUGCCCAUUCACCAACUCUCCUCCCCAUUUUAUACAAAGACAACAAAACUAUGUAAUACAGGAAGACUCACCAAACUGGCAAUCUAACCCAUUACAAGAAAGCUCUGCACUCCACACUGCUAAAGCUGCGGAAGACGUCAUUCCCUGUAGUCUGGUCCAGCCUCCUCGUCUGUGAAUCCGGACUCCGGGCCAAGUUAGCAGACGUGCCUGAGGUCACCAGUAAUGGUGAAGCGGAAACUACAACUUAGCCAAUACUCUUCCAUUUUUGUGUACGGAUGAGUUUACCUGGCGUACCAGCUCAGAGUAAUUCAGUUGAAAGACAGUUGCUGAGACAACUGUUUAGUCAAAGGAUAAUUUAGUUUUAAAUAAAUUUAGUUGUAAACAAAUUAAUAAAUAGCUGGGUUUUUGAAUCCCAGAGUUCUGGUAUACUGUGGGGUGAUUUUGCUACCUUUAAACUUAUUAUUCAUUUUUUUAGAACUUGUUGGUUUUGAAUUUGUAACUUAUUUUCAGCCAGUUUUUGGAAAUAUCCAGAAAAAUUUGCAAGUAAUCUGCAUAUCCAGCAAUCAGAACCUGAUUAUAUAAAACAAAGCAGUUAUAAAACUUUAUGUAACCUUGUAUUCUAGCUUUUUUUUUUUUAAAUUAGAAAAUACUGCAUAUACAUGUAUGUAUAUAAUGCUAUUUUGCAAAAGUUCAAUUACCAGGUCACAUUUUUAUAACAGUCGCAUAUACUGUACAUACUAUUUCAGAGUCCAAACUAAUUUCUCUUAAGCUGUUAAGGGUUGCCCUUAGUGCCCAAAUACAGAAAAAUAUCAGGGAAAUAAAACAAUAACUUGUAACUCAUUAAAUGUUUACAUGAAUAUAAUAUGUAAAAUACAGUAUAAUUGGAACUUGUAAUCUUAGCACUUUGAGCAUUUAAAAAAUGUCUUUUAGAAUUUUUUUAAGAAUUGUUUUAAAUGUGGUUUUAAUUUUUGUAAAAUAUCUUUAUUCAUUUGACUUAUGCCUCUUAAGAAUAUUAGAACUUUAAAAGUAAUAUCAUAUACUUAAAUUUUCUUUCAUGUUCAAUCUAAUUGUAUUUCUGUUUCUAGAAUUGAAGUAAUAAUGUAGUUCAGAUUUUUUUUACAGUUAUUUCUGAUAGAACUCGAUUAUCAUUGAGCAAAAAAGAGUUAAUUUCUUGAUUUAUGAUUGUUUUCCUCUCUGCUUAAAUUGCUCUAUCUUAGUAUAUGAAUUGCUCAGUAGGAAAAUACUUUGACACUGGUAUGGCAGGAAAGACUGAAAGCAAUGAAUUUGGCGCAGAGAAUAAUCUGUUUUAUUCUAUAUCCCUGAAUAAGUCAGUAUGCAUGAUAAUACCAUAUUCUUUUCUCAGAGGAAAAUUGUUUGAUUCUGAUUUAUUUUACUUGAGUAAUGGCAUAAUUUUUACCAUACAGAAUUCUUUCUGAUUCUGCAAAAAAAAAAAAGGCCAUUUGUUGCUUUUAAAUUUGCAGAAACAAUGAAUAAUAUUAGAAUUUAAGUGGUACGUACUAAUAUUGUCCGUGUCAGAGGUUUUGAGGUGAGAUUUGAAAAUUCUUAAUAUAAAAUCAUUCGUACUUUUAGAUAAUCUUGUAUCUUCCAGGUGACUUGUUUUAGCUGAUUCAGGAAUAGUUUAUGAAAAAUGGAAAACCUUUGUGUAGAUCAUAUGCUGUGGCCUUUGGUCAAGAACAGUUAAAUCUUAACCUUCUGUGUAAUAAUGAAUGAAAGAAUGGAAGUCCACAAUAAAUUGCUGUAGAGCUAUUUUUUAUUACAAUUGGAGAAUGGGAUUGUAAUGGAUUUUAGAAAUACUGUAUUGGUGAUGUUUUGUCACAUGCAGCAUUUAUAUAGGAUCGUCUCUGGCCAAUGCAUCCUUUUAGAAGAAGGAAAGUCAGAAAAUGCUAAGUGAACCAAAUAAAUUGCUUUAUAUACAGAUAUUAUCUUUACCACAGAAGUUCUCCAGUGUUGAAUUCCUGAGUAGUCAGUGAUAGCUGAAAUCUUAAAAUGCUGAGACACUACAGCUAAAACACUAUAGUUGCAUUUUUAGGUGAAAAUUUUGACAGAAUUAUGGAUGCUUUCCUAAAACUUGUAGAAUAUUAUAUUUUGUAACACCUACUCCAAAGUUAUUUAUUACAUUGUGAUUUUUAGAAUCUCUGCUUGCUUCCCUAGAACUUUUAAAAUUGAAGCAUAAUCUACAAAACUGUGAUUUUUGAUACUAAUAGUAGUAGUAACUAAUAAUGGCAGCUAACAGUAUUGAGCACUUAUAUGAGGCAUUUUUCUGUGGGCUUCACGUAUCUUAGUUCAUUUAAUCCUCACAACAAUCCUGUGAGGUAGGUACUGUAUUAUGAAAAUGAGGCACAGAAGAAUUAAUUUAACGUCAUACUAUUAAUAAAUAAUAGAGCCAGGGUUUGGAGUAUGGCAAUUUGGUGCGAGUCCAUGCUCUUACCCACUGUAUUAUAGUGACUUUGUAUUUGUGGUAUCAUCUUAAAAACAGAUAGUUUUGAAGAAUCUCUGUUUGAGGUGGUUAUAACUUAGAGUAUCCUAAAUGUCUUUAAAAGGAAAAUUAAGCCUAAGACCUUGUUUUUUCUUGAACACGUGGAACUAGCUGCAUUUUAAAGUAUCAGCUAUUAGGGUUCUCCUGUGCAUUGUCUGUGAUUUCCUUCACUAAGGUUUUCUGUAUUUGGUGGAUUGAUAUUUUUCAUGUUUCCAUGUUGACUGGGGACGUUGUUUUAGAAGUAGUUACUUGAAUCCUCAAAAAAAAAAAAAAAAAUGAAACUUGCUGGUACAUACAUUUGGAAAUCAGUAUUCGCUGUGCUGAAUCACUAGUACUGUUUCCUUUUUACAAAAAUACAUUGUUACAUACACAUAAUACAAUUUAGUCUUUUGGUUUGCUAGAGUUGCAGUACUCUAUAGUAUCCAGUUGAGGGCAGCGGUUUACUGAUGGAAAAAUGAGUUAACCUCAAAAGUAACUACUUUGUGCUUACCAAAACUUGGUAUCUAGUGUAAAAUACAACAUUUGACAUAAAAGCAGCCUUAAUUUGCACUCCUGUUUUGUUGCUAUUAUCGUUGUAAAUAAUUUAUUGAAAAUGAAAAAUCUAGUUUUACUUCAGAGUAAUUUUUGUCCUCUUAUAAAUUAGAGAAUGAAAACAGUGGUGAUUCUAGUUUUUCCUUUCCCAUUCCCACUGAAAUUUGUCUCCCCACGGAAAAGUUAUUUUCAAUUUAGAAACUUCUUUUUCCCUUAAGAUUCUAUUUUUAAAGAACAAUAUAGAAUCAGACUCUAAAGAGAUUAGAGAUCCUUUCUGUCUUCCUUAUCAUCAGAGUCUCUAUGUGUGACUAUAAAGUUCUUUGAGGGCUUUUAAUUAUAAAAGUGAAAAAAUUAUAAUUUUCAAUAUGCUAUUUUUACUAACUAGUGGAUUAAGGGAAGGUUCAAUUUAGAGCUGAUCUGCUUGAUUCAUUUUUCUAUGCAGAAUUAAUAUAUUAAAUUUGUAUACUAGUUUACUCUUCUAAUUUUCCAUUUUGAAGUAUAACAGUUUAAAUUAUAUCUUCUGUGUGGUUCAGAGAAAGGAAAUUUGGGGGGUUGAUUAUCAACAACAUCAGGAAACAGAAUUUUUUGAGAAUAAAGAAUCUCAGUCUAUAUAAAGCUAUAUUGUAAUGCUAACAAAGUGGGUACUGAUAGUAACAGAGAGCAUCCCAUGGGAGCUACUUCAGCACAAAGGGAUCAUUUUUAAGGAGAGUCAGAUACAACAUGAUUCAAAGCUCUGUUAUUUGGGAAAAAAAGUGUGUUUUUAUUUUUAAAGCAGCAGUCUUAUGUUAGAAAAUAAAAGUCGUAUUAGAAGAGAUAGAGACCAAAGUGGGGCUUGUUGUUAGAUGCUUUUGAGUCAAUUCCAACUCAAAGUAACCCGGUGUGACAGAGUAGAACUGGCCCAUAGGGUUUACUAGGCUGUAACCUUUAUGGAAGCCAGGUCUUUUCUCCCACAGAGCCUUUGGGUGGGUUCCAGCUAACAACCUUUCAGUUAGUGGCAAAGCCCUUAACUGUUGUGCCACCUGAAAGAAAAAAAGCUUGCUGUUCAGUGGAUUCCGACUCUAGCCACCCUAUAGGGCAGAGUAGAACUGCCCCAUAGCAUUUCCAAGCAGUGACUGCUGGAUUUGAACAGGCGACCUUUUGAUUAGCCACCAUAGGUCUUAACCACUUAGCCCCAAGGGCUCCCUCCAGGGCCCCUUAAAGUGAAGCUAGUGAAACUCAUUCUGUGAGGUGGUUAAUAGUCUAGAGGGGCUGUAGAUAUGGUUUAUCUUAGAUACACCUUUUUUGUCUACCUUAUAACAUUUAUAGGUUCCCAGUGCCUUUAUACUAUCUCUUUUCUCUCCUGUUGUUUUAGGGCUAGAUCUCUGUUGGGGUUUUUGGUGAUGGUGGUUCUAUUCUGUUGUUUACUUUUGUGUAACUAAAAAUGUCACCUCUGCUAAUGAUUUUGAAUUCUUAACUACAUAUUACAUUGUGGUAUAAAAGAACGGUCCUUUUUGAGAGAGUAGCAUCAAGGGAAGACUGGGAUUAUUUCUUGUGUAUGGAUUGCUUUCCCAGUUGCCCACUUGUAUUUAGUAAGACAGAUCUCUCCAAAGUCAAAAAACAAAUCACCCAUUUCUGACAUUCUCCUUUCUAAUUCUCUCGAUAUCACAUUCUAACCCACUGUAAAGAACCAUAGAAGCUGUUGGAAAAAGAGAUAAGGGAGAUGACUUGGCUAUUGGAAGAAGAAAACAGAGUGGAAAGAGAAACCAGUUCAGGGAAGAUUGUGAAUGGGUGGUUCUGUCCUAUUAACAUUUCUUACACUGAGCUUUUCUCUUAUCUUCGUUUUAGUCCAGUUCAUGGACUUGAAUACCGAAUGUAGUCUAAAGAUGAAUUAACACUGACAUAAGUAAUUAAUUUAGGAAGGUCAUUUGAGAUAAAUCUGAAAAAUGAGUUUGAGGAGGUUUUCAACUCCAAACUUUAUCUUAGUUACUGAGGAACCGUCAGAGGUUCUGGAGGAGUGUACUGUGCACCACAUUUCCUUUCUGUGUUUUAGGAAGAUUUGUCUGGGUAAAAAACAGGCACUGAGGAUUUGCAGUGGACCGGCACGUUUUUAUCCGUUUUACUGUAAUUACUUCCCAUCACAGUUUAUGUUUAUAAAUAAAUACUUGUGUAUUUUUUAAUGUCUUUAAUCAGUCAUGUGACUGUUACACUUUCAAACAUAAUAUGUUUUUCAGAAUCACACUCAGACUAAAAACAGUUGAAAAUUCUAGUAGGAAUAUUAACCUGAAGUGCAGUUAAUAGCUAGAGUGGAUUUAAUGUCUUAGUGCAUAUGAGAUAAAGGGAAGGGAAGGGAAAGGAAAGAGUACAGUUAAAGCAGUUAAAAAUAGUGCUUAUUCUGAAGAUUUCUAAGCUAGAACAGAUGUAUGUGUAUGUAUUUGCGUGCAUAUGUAUGUAUUUUUGAGCAUGCACGGCCAAGCAAAUACUGUCUUUAAGUCUGAAACACAAUUCAAAGCGUUGCUAAAAUACUAAUACUGAUAUUUGGGUGAGGAAGACUUAAUAAGUAUUUAAGAGAGUCUUUUUUUAAAGAAAAUUUUACUUUCACUUUCUAGAGAACACCUUGUUUAAGUAGUUAGAGAAGUGUUCGAAGGGGCCCUACAGCAUAGCCCUGCUUUGGUUGUGUUCACAUUACUGACUUUGUAUGGGAGGUUCACCAGCUGUUUGACUGGCAGGAGCAGACUGCUUUCACUUCAGUAGUUUAUAAUUCCUGGCUAUUCUAGGAUAGUUUGCACUUCACCAAGCCUCAGACAGGUCAGGACAUUUGGUAGGAGAAGGUUGAAAGACAAAAGCAGCAGGCCUUGGGUUCUCAGCCUUUUUUUUUUUUUUUUUAAUUUAAAAAAGAAAAACACAUUUUUAAAAUUUGGUGGUUAGAGAUUUUAGUAAUGUGCCUGUAUUACAUGUAGAGAGUA